AUGGCUACGGAAACGUAUAGAAAAUAUCCUAAUGAGAAAGUUGUAGGUUUUUUUAGAAGUACUUCACCAGAGCUAGUGAUAAGAGAUCCUGAAUUAGUUAAAAGGAUAUUGAUUACGGACUUUCAACAUUUCCACGACAGAGGAUUUAAUAAAUAUAAAAAAUCGACUGAACCGUUACUGAAGAAUUUAUUUUUUGCCGAUGGGGACUUGUGGAAGUUGAUUCGAAAAGGUUUUAGUCAAUCUUUCAGCACUGGUAAAAUAAAAACAAUGUUUUCCAUAAUUACUGACAGGGCUGAGAACCUUCAAUUACAAGCGACAAAAAUGGCUGAAUUAGAAUAUUAUGAUAUGCGGGAACUAAUUGCAAGGUAUACAACUGACUUUAUUGAGGAAUUGGAAAUUGCAAUGGUUGAUUUAGUUAAGAAAAUACUUAAAAGUAGAAACUACAUGCCAUCAGGAAAAAAUGAUUUCGUAGAUUUGAUGUUAGAAAUAAAGAGAAAAGUUGAACUGGAAUUAGACGACCUUAUAUUGACCGCUCAAUGCUUUGUAUUUUUUGGUGCUGGUUUUGAAACAUCGUCAAUUAGCGCUAGUUAUACGUUACACAAACUAGCAUAUAAUAUGGAGUAUCAGAAAAAAGUGCAAGCAGAGAUUGAUAGAAUACUACCAAAAUAUAACAAUAAGUUGACUUAUGAAGCUAUUAAUGAAUUGAACACUUUAGAAAAGGCAUUUUAUGAAGCGUUGAGAAUAUUUCCGCCCGUUGCAUUUCUUAUAAGAGAAUGUACAUCACCGACAUACACAUUCCCUGAAAUCAAUCUAACAAUAGAUGAGGGGGUGAUAGUUAUUAUACCUGUGAAAGCUUUACAUAAUGAUGAAAAAUAUUUUUACGAACCAGAAAAGUUCAAUCCAGACAGAUUUGAUUCUGCAAAUGAGUAUAAAAAUAACAUGUUCUUACCAUUUGGAGAUGGCCCACGUGCAUGUGUAGCUGCAAGAUUAGGAAAGGUCUUGGCUAUGACUGGUAUUGCUGCUAUUUUACAGAAGUUCACUGUAGAACCAUGUGCCGAAAGCAGGCUACAUCCUAUACCUACACCUAUGGCGACUGUAUCUGAAAGUUUCGUCGGUGGAUUGCCGCUGAAACUAAUUAAAAGAACUAAAAGCCUUUGA